AUGGAAUUGCAAGUCCGAAUAUUAUUCAUAUUCCUAGCUAUAUUAGGAUUUACAGCAUGUGAAUCUCCAUAUUCUUUUACAAAAAAGGAUCUUAGGACAUACAGAGAUGAUGUUAAGGAAUUAUUCGAAUUUGGUCUACAAAACUACCUAGAUUUCGGAUACCCAUACGAUGAAGUACGUCCGGUUUCAUGUGAACCCAAGACGAGGAAUUUCGAUAACCCUGCAGACUAUCCUACUAAUGACGUCCUCGGCAAUUUCACAGCCACUUUGAUUGAUUCAUUAACUACAGUAGCCAUAAUGGGAGAUAUGGAACGAUUUUUAUCUCUGGUCAACCUUGUUAAGCAAACGUUCCCCUCGAAAUUUGACGUUGAUUCUACAGUACAACUUUUUGAGUCAACUAUUAGAAUUCUUGGCUCAUUAAUCUCGUCACAUUUAUAUGCUACUGACCCUAGAAAGGCAGUAUACCUACGGGAUGAUGAAUACGAUGGAUUUCUAUUAGAGCUUGCCGUCGACAUAGCAGACCGAUUGUUACCAGCAUAUUUGGAAACGAAUACGGGUUUACCUAUUGCUAGAAUUAAUUUAAAAAAUGGUAUGAAAUCGGUAGAUGUAGCUACAAUGAAUGAAAAUAAUCUAGCCGGAAUGGCAACGCCUAUGUUUGAAUUCACCAUGUUAUCAUACCUUACACAUGAUAGGAAAUACUCUGAAGUUACCAGAUUUGCAUACGAUACAUUGUGGGAACAUCUCAAAUCAACUUUAGGAUUGUUACCAGAAUCUAUUGAUCCAUAUACCUUGCAAGAAUAUUCAAUGGUUUCAGGGGUUGGGGCCUCGAGUGAUUCUUACUACGAGUAUGCCCUCAAGGGAGCCAUCUUAUUUAAUGAUGAUAAACUAAUGGAUAUUUGGGAAGAGAGUUACAAAAAUUUGAAACUCAGCUCGAAGACUGAUUGGUUCUAUGCCAAUGUCAUGAGCGGACAAGGCUCUGUGGCGUACAGUUGGAUUGAUGCCCUUGGUGCCUUCUUCCCCGGUGUACAAGUCCUUGCAGGUGAUGUUGAUGAUGCCAUUUUGAAACAUACAAUGUAUUUAAAACUAUGGAACACAUUUGGUGGUAUCCCAGAGAGAUGGCAGUUUGACAGCAUUGGAGUGUGGGAUACUCUUCCGUUGCCUUGGUAUCCACUUAGACCAGAAUUCAUUGAAUCUACUUAUUACCUUUAUAGAGCCACCAAAGAUCCAUUCUAUUUAAACAUUGGUCAUCAUAUCUUGAAUGAUUUCAAAUAUAGAUUUAGGUUUAUGUGUGGAUUUGCAGGACGUCAAGAUCUUCAAUACGACACGGUACAAGAUCGAAUGGAAACUUUUGUAUUGAGUGAAACUUUAAAAUAUCUCUAUUUGCUAUUUGAUGAAGAGAAUGAACUUAAUCAUAGUAGCGAAAAUGUUAUAUUUAGUACUGAAGCCCAUCCGAUGUGGCUAACAACAGAUAUGAUAACCGAUUUUGAGAACAAUAAUUUCUUUGAUGAUGAAUUAUACAAGGGACAUUUAGAACAAUGUAAAAUACAUCUCAAAUCUCAUGCGAUUGAGCGUCAGAAGCAGCGCCAGCAUGUUGUAUAUGCCGUUAAUGGGGGAACUGUCGUUAAAAGUUACAGCCAUGAGAAACCAAAUAUUCUGACGGGUGAUGCAUAUGAAAGUGUUCAAAAUGAAACGCAUAGGUUAAAUAUAUUUGGAGAAUUUCAGAAAUUGAAACCAGGAAAGGUUUGUUCUUCAUCAUAUUCAUUAUUUGGGAAGAAAGAACAAGAAGAUAUCAUAUCGCUACCAUAUUCCAAGAUCUUGAGUGAAUUUGGUAGAUUAUUUGAAAUUGACUAUCGAUAUAAUGAGACUUUAAACAAACCAGAGCAUUUAGAAGGAUACAGACAAUUUGAAAUUGAACCAGCGUUCUAUUCUCUGUGGGCAGAAACAAGCGGUGGACGAAGCACGUCGCAAUUACCAGCUACGACUGAAUCAUUUGAUAUGAUAUUCGAUCUUCCAGGGAAGUACGCAAGAAGCCAAUUUGAUAACGGGGACAUAUAUUGUGAUACAUUACAAUCCAGAAGAAAAAUGCGUGUAGAAAAGUUAUUCCCUGGGUCGAUUGACGUUUUUGGUAAGAAAGUUAAUCCUACAAUUUUUGCAGAUAUAGACAGACAAUUUUUGCAUAACCCUCAUUGUGACGGCAAGUCUCAAGUAUCACCAAGUGCGGCCUACAGAGUUACGGUCGUUGAUGGACUUGACGUCCCUGAAGAUGCCAUCGUUGUGAUAAAUAGAGGUGAUAUAGUAAGCCCGAGGUUGGGUGACCUGUACGCUCAAUUCGGAUACAACAAGUUCGACCAGGUCUUCUUCGGUUGCAUCCCAUUCGUCAACGUCUUUCUAGAGUAG